GGGCGGAGAAGAGCCGCCCGGGCGGGACUAUAAAGGCGGCGGCUGGCUGGCCGGCCGGCCACGAGAAGCCGGAGCAGGCGCCGCGGCAUUCCGGCAAGGCACGCUCCACCAUGCUUCUGUUCAGCCUCCUCCUGCUGCUGCUGCCCUGGCUGGGCACCGCAGCCACCGCCGGAGCCCCGCCAGGCUGCAAGAUCCGAAUCACUUCCAAGGGCUUGUCGCUGGUGAAGCAGGAGGGGCUGCGCUUCGUGGAGCAGGAGCUGCAGAACAUCACCCUGGGCAACCUGCACGGCAAAAAGGGCCACUUCCAUUACAACAUCAGCAACGUGAGGGUGACCGACCUGCAGCUGCCCUUCUCUGACCUGUACUUUGAGCCCAAGCAGCACCUGGCCUUCGACAUCAGGAACGCCUCCAUCAGCCUGCGUUUCCGGCGCCAGCUCCUCUACUGGUUCUUCUACGACGUUGGCUCCAUCAACGCCUCCGCGGAGGGCGUGCGCAUCCACACCGCGCUGGAACUCUCCAGAGGCCAUGGCGGGAGUCUGAAGAUCUCCAACAUGAGCUGCAAUGCCUCUGUCGCCCGCAUGCACGCGGGGUUCAGUGGCACGCUCAGGAAGGUGUAUGAUUUCCUGGCCACCUUUAUCACCACAGGGAUGCGGUAUCUCCUCAACCAGAAGAUCUGCCCUGUGCUGAACCACGCGGGGCUGGUGCUGCUCAACUCCCUGUUGGACACGAUUCCAGUGCAUAACCCAGUGGAUGAUCACAUUGGCAUUGACUACUCCCUGCUGAAUGACCCCGUUGUCACGUCUGACACCAUGGACCUCGAUUUCAAGGGCAUGUUCUUCCCCUUGAGGGGUGAGAACGAGACGCUGGCCAACCUGGCCAUGGAGCCCGUCAUCAAUGAGACGGAGCGCAUGGUGUACCUGGCCGUCUCGGAAUACUUCUUUGACUCCGCCCUCUUUGCGUACUACCGGGCCGGCGUGCUGAACAUGCAGUUUGCCGGGGAACAGGUGCCAAAAGACUUGGAGGUGUUGCUGAGAGCCACGUUCUUUGGGAGCAUUGUCAUGAUGAACCCCUCCGUGGUGGACGCGCCCUUGAUGCUGAAGCUCCAGGUGUCCUCCCCGCCGCACUCCACCAUCAGGGCCUCCGGCGUGGCUGUGGCUGUCACGGCCCUCCUCGACGUCUUCUUGGCCCCCGUGGACAAGCCGCUGAUUCAGCUCUCCAGCACCACCAUGGAAGCUCGGCUGAGCGCAAAGGUGAUACUGCGGCAGAAAGCGCUUCAGGUGCAGCUGGACCUGAGAAGGUUCCGGAUCUACUCCAACCAGUCAGCACUUGAGUCCCUUGCACUGAUCCCCCUGCAAGGGCCCCUGAAGACGCUGCUGCAGCUGACCAUCAUGCCCCUCCUCAACGAGAGAACCAAGAAGGGGGUCCAGAUCCCACUCCCGGAAGGCAUGGACUUCAUGAAGGAAGUGGUCACCAACCACAUGGGCUACCUGACCAUCGGCGCCGACCUUCAUUUCUCCAAAGGGCUGAGAGAGGUGAUUGAGAAGUACCGGCCGGUGCCUGGCCCUUGAGAGGCCCGCGCAGCUGCCCAGCGGCACCGCUGUUGACCCACCCCCUCGCUGGAGCGCAGCGACCCGCUCGCCCAGCACCUGCCCUGGCUGCCCUUUUGCCCGAGGAGGGGCAGCAGCUGCUCUGGCACCCUGGACUAAUAAACCGGUUUAGGCCACAGCC